AUGGUUCCUAUCAAGCAUAUCGACGGCGAGAAUGAUCCAGAUGAGGAUCACGAACCCCUGGGCGAUGAGCAGAGCGAGGAUGAUACUGGCUCCGAACUCGACCCCGUGGAGCAGGAGAAGCUGGAGCAUGAUCGCGAGGUCAAUGAGUUUUUCGCGGCCAUCACCCUUAGCGAGGCGACGCUGUAUAAACUGGCUCGUCGCUUUUCGAAGGUGUAUCGUGAGUUGGCGCUCAAGUCGGAGCAGCAGUUCCUGCCGACUCCCGUGACGAACCUACCCAGCGGAAACGAGACUGGACGCUACCUUGCAAUUGACGUCGGCGGAAGUAACCUGAGAGUCGCCUUUAUCGAGUUACUGGGCGAAGCAGCAGACUCUGAUAUCCGGUCCGCCGAUGCAUCUGAGCGAUCGCAGGAUACGCUCCGCAAGGCCCAGAGACAGCGGGUCAAGCGUACCCUCGAAAAGGCCUGGCCGAUUGGCGAACAUUUGAAAAUGGACAAGGCAGACGAUCUGUUUGCCUGGAUUGGAGACUGCAUCGCCGAGGUGGUUGCCGACAGCCUGACUUCGGAUGCUACCAGAGGCAACAUCCCUGCAGAGCUGGACAUGGGUAUUACCUUCAGUUUCCCCAUCAUGCAGGAGUCGCUUGCCGAGGCCACCCUCAUGCCCAUGGGCAAGGGCUUUGCCAUCACCUCGGACCUGAACCUGCGCAAGAUCCUGCUCAAUGGAUACGAAAAGCAUACCCGUCGCCCGGAUGAAGACGAACCCUCGAGUAAGCGCCGCAAGCUGUUCGCCCUGCCCAAGCUGAAGAUUGCCGCCAUCACCAAUGAUACCGUUGCCACCCUGGCGUCGUUGGCUUAUUCCGUCAAAUCCCUGCCCAACAGUCGCGUGGCUAUGGGGAUCAUUGUCGGAACUGGCUGCAACGCGACGAUCCCCAUGAAGCUCAGCGAUCUGCACGAGGACAAGGCGAAACAAGUCAGUGCCCGCCACCCAGACGCGCAGGAAACCAUCAUCAAUACCGAGUGGACCAUUUCCGGUGCGUCGGCUCCCCUUCGCGAACUUGGCAUCAUCACCAAAUGGGACGAGGAGCUGGAUCGUGCCUGUGCCCGGCCCGGCUUCCAGCCCUUCGAGUACAUGACCGGAGGCCGAUACAUUGGCGAGCUUAUCCGCCUGAUUCUAUUCGACUACCUGACCACCGUUGUCGGCGUCACCAAGAAAGAGUUGCCCGCCAACCUGAUCCAGGAGUACACCCUGACGACCAAUUACAUCUCCGACCGGGUAGCUCGCGCUCGCUCCGACCAAGAUCUGGCAGAGGAGCUGCGCCGUUCGCUGCCACCCCCAGAGAGCAGCGAGUGGUCCUGGGAUUCCAGAACCGCCCGGGCGUUCCGCAAGAUCGCCAGUGCCGUGCAGCAACGCUCGGCGGGCCUGAUUGCAGCCGCGGUCGUGGGCCUGCUUGCUUGCACCCGUGAAAUCGAGCUGAAAGUGGAGAGCAACGGUAACACCCCGGAGCAGUCGGACACCGUCCAGAGCGGUUUCUUCGACCAUGCUGCCGUUCAGUCCCCGCUGGCAGCUAGCAACGGUUUCCAUGGCCUGGUCGUCCCCGUCCUUUCCCCAGCCCCGGCCGACUGGCAGUCUGGCCCGGAAGAGCUCGUCGUCGCCUACACGGGCGGCAUUAUCCAGAACUACCCCAAUUUCAAAGAGACCUGCCAGCUGUACAUCGAUCGGCUGAUUAUGCGGACUGGCCCCCAGCGCAGCGGGAGGUCCGUCUUCCUCCGCGAAGCCUCGGAUGGUGGCAUCAUCGGCGCAGGUGUGCUGGCUGGUAUGGUUGUCGGCCAUUAA